GGGUGUAUUUCCCUACUCGACAAGUUCGUAUGAAAUUGGUUUCCCGAAUACCUCGAUUCGUUUACUUGUGACGCCAUUGUAUCAUAUACGGCUUAACCUACUGCAAGGGGUCAAAAUAUCAUUCGUCAGACGUCGGUUGUUGAAAAUGUCAUCGCCAGGGUUCCUUGGUUCGUGGAUCAAGGCUCAGAAGCCGAAGGCCCCACGAAUGAAAGACGCCCCCACUUUCUAUCGAAAUCUCGAAGAGGCUUUGGAUGUGCGGAGGGCUGACCAUGCCAUGGCUACGAGAACGAAGAGCACAUGGAAGACGGGUGAAGCUGUCGACUUUUGUUCUAAUGACUUGCUUGCCUUGGGAUCGUCAGGACAACUGCGCACCGAGUUCCUGGAGGAGCUUGCACGUCACCCUGACUUUCCUCUGUACGCUGGAGGCUCUCGCCUAAUGGACGGCAACUAUGACUACAUUGAGCAGGUCGAGCGGGAAAUCGCCGAAUUCCAUGGAGCGGAGAGUGCGAUUAUCGUGAACUCGGGGUAUGAAGCCAAUGGUGCAAUCUAUACUGCUAUCCCGAGGCCGGGAGAUGCAAUUGUCUACGAUGAACUCGUCCAUGCUAGUACACACGAUGGCAUGGCCCACAGUUUAGCUCUCUGCAGAAUGUCUUUCCGCCAUAAUGAUGUGGAUUCUUUCAGGGAUACAUUAGCAUCUGUCGUAGAUUCACAGCCCAUGAUUAGGGAUGGAUCACGCUCAGUGCUGAUUUCUGUUGAGUCGAUAUAUAGUAUGGAUGGAGACGUCUGUCCCAUAGAAGAGCUCAUUGAGAUCGCCGAUGAAGUUUGUCCGAAGAAGAAUGCGGUGUUCAUAGUAGAUGAAGCCCAUGCGACGGGGAUAAUAGGACCAAAUGGCGCCGGUCUCAUUUGCGAGCUCGGCAUACAAGAUAAAAUCGCAAUUCGACUUCAUACCUUCGGAAAGGCACUGGCUUCAUCAGGUGCCGUUAUACUAGGAAACGAAUCUGUGAGAUUGGCGCUGCUAAAUUUUGCGCGCUCUGUCAUUUACACCACUGCACCCUCCUUCCCUGCGGUAGCCGCGAUUCGCUCUGCGUAUAAUCUACUAAAGUCCGGUGCGACACAAGAGUCUCAAGAGAAGAUUCAGGAUCUAGUCAAGCACUUUCUGACGACGAUAACAUCUCAUGAAGUUUGGGAUGAAGCGAAUGACAUGGGUAUCCUAUCGAUUCCGAUCAGUGAUAACUGGGAGUUUCGGGAUUUCUUAACACAUAUAGUGCCGGUUUGGACUCGUCAGCGAUAUAACUUCUGGCUAGUCUUUCAUCUCCAAACAUCAGGAAUAUCGGCAUUUCCUAUCGAUUAUCCUGUUGUCCCUAAGGGCCAGAGCAGAAUUAGGCUUAUGUUCCAUGCUGGGAAUACCGAAACAGAGGUAGAAUUGCUGGCCAAUUCAAUCUGCGAAUGGGCCAAGGAGAUGAUCGACAUCGAAAAAGGGGCCGAGGGAAAAUCAAAGGUUCCCAAGGCUGCUCAGCAGAUAUAUGCUAUGAUGGCUGAUGUAUGAGGCAGAUAGCAGUAGUAUGGAACCGCAACGAAAUCUAGGAAUUACUUGAUACCCAAGAUAAAAGCUGACGAUGUACUAUGGAGGGGUAGAACCUUGAAAUAAACAAGCGGCAGCAUUAGUCAGAUAGAAAAUGAGAAGCGAU